AUGCCUACCCCCAACUGCAGACUCGCUCCUUCUCUUGCUAGCACUGAUGUCCAGUUGCUACAAGCUUUGAAUGCGAUGAAAGAAGAGAUGAAGGCCAUGAAGGAUAAGAUCACAUUGAUGGAUACAAGAAUCGGUGUAGUGAUCACCGGUAAUGCAACCGCCAUUAAUGGCAUUGAUGCCUUGUCUGCCCUCCCAGCAUCUGCGCAUGUGCUCACUAGUGUUGCAUCCACUUCUGCUGCCCUUCCCAUCACCGAAUCAAGUGAUACUAACGCUGUAUUUGGAUACAUUCAUGGUUAUAUGUGGAACCCAAAGCUAAAAUCAAGAGACCAGGCAGAAAUCCAAGCAAACGCCAUAAAACCAAAGUGGACAGUUGAUGUUCAUUUUGAUCGCUCUCCAAAUAGAGAGUUAGUCAAACAACUCUUGUAUUACUUGGAAAAGAAGUUUGCUGGCACUGAUAUGAGGACACGCGACCUUCCCUUGAAUACUAAUUCAAGAAGAUCUGGCCGUGAAACUGAUAACUACACUCGCCAUCACCUUGCUUAUGAUGCUUACAAGGCUGACAUUGAUCUCAAGAUGGGCCGAAACUGCUCUGGACUGAUCCAAAAGUCGGUCAUGUCUGAAGGCGAAUCAGACGAUGAUAUGUCCCCCUCUCAGCCAAGAAAUGAGAUUCGUGUUGCUCGCCCAAGUUGGAGAAGUGACGAGCUUAACAAAUUCAUUACGGAGGUUGACUCGUUUGUUGUUAAGCAAUUGGGUGCAAAUUCCCACCAACUGCUUAAGAGAGUUUAUGGUAGAACAGUGGAAUCAACAGUCCCAAUUGAUUUAGAUCCUGCUCUACCUCAAUGGGCUCUUAAAUAUGGGUCAUAA